GUAAAAGUGAUUGAGACAUUCAGUGAAGCUCCUCUUACAACAAUCCACCAAUAAAUGCUGGAGUCAAACACAAAGAGAAAUCACUCCAUGUGUGACAACUGAAAUCUUCAUGACAUAAUGUUGAUGCUGGUGAAAGAGGAGCUUGAGAAGAUGACAGAUCCACAACCAUGCAGAAUAAAGGAUGAAGAUACUGAGGAACAAAUAGAUAUGAUGGAAGUGAAAGAGGAGAGUCAAGCUGAAGUGGAUGAGAAACAUCAGAUUGUAAAAAUAAACCAUAAUGUUUCACAGAAAGAAACUCUGAAGACAGAAGAUAUAAAGUGUGAAAAUAGUUUCAGUGAAGAUGAACGACCUGCAGAUCACAAGAGGACUCACAGUGAGGAGAAACCUUUCACAUGUCAACAGUGUGGAAAGAGUUUCAGAGAUAAACGUAAACUUGAGACUCAUGUGAGAAGUCACAUUAAAGAAAAACCACACGCGUGCCAUGAGUGUGAAAGGAGUUUUAUAUCUGCAACUUACCUUAAGAUACACAUGAGGUCUCACACUGGAGAGAAACCUUAUGUAUGUCAACAGUGUGGAAAGAGUUUCAGAACAAAAUGGCAGCUUAACGAACAUGUGAGAAUUCACACUGGAGAGAAACCACAUCUGUGUCAUCACUGUGGAAAGAGUUUUACAACUGCAAGUGAACUUAAGAAACAUUCAAGAGUUCACACCGGAGAGAAACCACACAUGUGCCAUCACUGUGAAAAGAGUUUUACAACUAAAGGUAAUCUUAAGACACACAUGACACUUCACACUGGAGAAAAACUGUUCACAUGUCAUCCGUGUGGAAAGAGUUUUAGAAUGAAACGUGACCUUAAUAGACAUGUGAGAAUUCACACUGGAGAGAACACAUUCAUUUGUCAUCACUGUGGAAAGGGUUUUACGAUGAAAUGUGACCUUAAUAGACACGUGAUAAUUCACACUGGAGAGAAACCAUACUUGUGUCAACACUGUGGAAAGAGUUUCAGGACAAAACCUAACCUUAACCUACACAUGAGGAUUCACACCGGACAGAAACCACACGUGUGCCAUCACUGUGAAAAGAGUUUUACAACUAAAGGUAAUCUUAAGACACACAUGACACUUCACACUGGAGAAAAACCGUUCACAUGUCAUUUGUGUGGAAAGAGUUUUACAAUGAAAUAUGACCUUAAUAGACAUGUGAGAAUUCACACUGGAGAGAAACCAUACGUGUGUCAACCCUGUGGAAAGAGUUUCAGGACAAAAUCAAACCUUAAUGUACAUUUGAGAACUCACACUGAAGAGAAACCCUUCACAUGCCAUGAGUGUAAAAAGACUUUCAAAACAAAAGCUACACUUAACAAACACAUGAGAAUCCACACUCGAUAGAAACCAUUCAUGUGUCAACAGUGUGGAUAUGGCAACAAAGUUUAGAAAUCAGCUGAGGUCUUAUUAAUAAAACUGUCUGGAGGAUCUUUACUAAAAGUCUACAUGCGCCCAAAAGCCCAAGAUGUCUGUACUUGUGUUCUUGUGGACUUGUGAAACGUCAUCAGUCGUGGCCCAAGUACUGUUCCAAUUCCAAGUUCACAUCAAGUCAAGUUCACAUAACAUCUCAGGAUGUGUUCUUGAUCCGCUCAUUGUAUCGAGGAUGCAUCAGAAGGUGACUUUUGUGGACUUAUGAAAGACAAUUUAGAAUGCAUUUCACGUCAACGGCAAUGGAGCUUAAAACUUGAAAUAUUACUCUUUUGUGUCAUAAAAUGUAGCUUUUUAGUUGAAAAUAUUGAUGAAUAAACUAGUGUUGUAGUCAAGACCACCUAAACCGAGACCAAGACAGGCCGAGACCAAGUCAAGACCAAGACCCAGUGCAAGUCACUGCAUUAAAACACUUAUGAUAAAAUGUGGAAUAUGCAUAUGAUUAGGCACUUCUUGUGCGUGUGCGUGCCAUCAGAGAAGUUGAGAAAACAAUCAAAGGCAUUGCAGAUAUGUGGGAAUUGAUCUUUGUCUAUAAGCAACUAAAAGUGAACAAACACUAAAGAGCUGAAAUCAACUUAACCAUUUAAUCUGAACUGUCUUUCCAUGGCUUGCCAUCCACUUAACACAAUGCAGGUGUUUUUAGUAAUAAAAUUUGAAAAUUUGUCAUUGGGAGAAACUUAAACAAUGCUUAAACAAUGCCAACAUCAUAUGCCAAACCUGAAUAAACUGCAUAAAAUUAAUGGUAAAAAAUAAAUUCGUGAUGUGCCAUCAGUUGUGUGGUCUUGAAAUAAAAUUCAGAGUUCUCUUUGUCUGAGAC